AUAUUAGAAGCCUAUUUCGUAAUACGGGACUUUCCUCUAUGUGUUUUUCCACAAUCCGCACUUUUGAUAUUAGAUUACUAUAUAAAUGUGCUUUCUGCAGUUUUCUUUGUGGUGUUCGACGAAUCUUGAGCGUUCCUCGUUUUUAUAAUUUAAUUGUUAUAUACAAAUUAUAUUUUCAACAAAUGAUAUUUACUCCGCAACCUCAUCCCCCCCUUUAUCAUCCAUUUAUCAAGAUUAUUAAAUAUCAAGCGUGACCUAUACAUUGCGGUAGGACGCGUCAAAACGACCGGAUACGCAUAGAUUAUUCAAUUUCCGUUAAGUGAAAUAAUGGCAGUGGAGUGGCCCAAGAAAGAAUUUGGAUAUUGAGGUAGGUACAGUAGGCGACGAAGAAUAGGAUAGGCUGGUAGGGAGACGAGAUAAAAUGGGAGAACGGAGGAAGAGCGUGUCAUUUGUACGAGCCGCCGAAUAUAAAUACCAAAGACGAAGUCUUUAAAAGUCAGUAGUAGAGGAGCGGACCCAGCAUUGUGAGUGUCACAUACAUCAGCUUUGAUUUCCUGGCACGAAGAGAAGCCCGGUCAUAAGAGAUCAAGCACCAGCCUUAUUAGUCAAACUGCGCGUUUAUAUAGCUGUAACGUUUAACAGAGAGCACACGAACCGCAGAUCUUAUCGGCAAUCAUGGAAACGGCCGAGGACUAUGUGAAUGGAGGAAGCAUAAUGCAACGUCGUGACGUCCAGGACUUCGUAGAGGAAUUCGACUACGAAAUGUCGAAAAUGGGAGGAAGGUGUCUCGAUAUCGGAUCAGGCCCGGGGGACAUCACCAAGGAAUUGAUAUUGCCGCUUUUGUCGAACGACGCGGAGAUAGUAGGCGCGGAUAUAUCGCAAGCGAUGGUGAAUUACGCACGCGAGAAGCAUUCCGAUGAGCGAGUAUCCUACACCGUUCUGGACAUCGAAACGUUGGAGCUGCCGAGCGACCAGGUCGAGCAAUACAACAACGUCGUGUCCUUUAACUGUUUGCACUGGUGCAACGAUAUGUGGCGCGCCUUCGAGAAUAUUUACAAGCUGCUGCAGCCAAAUGGAAAAGCACUUGUGAUGUUUGCGGGAUACCAUUGCGGGUUUAAUGCGUACUUACUGCUGAAGCAGAAUCCACGAUACGAAUCUUAUCUCGAGGAUGCGCGCCGUUAUGUGCCAUAUUUUCAAAGAAGGAAGUGUAAAGAUAUCAGAGCGAGCCUACGAAAGAUGUUGGAGACCGUUGGCUUUGAAAUUCUGCACUGCAGCAAAAGGGAGAAAAGUUUCCAGUACAGUAGACAGAGUCUCAAAAGCCAUGUGUACGCCAUUAAUCCUUUCAUCAAGAGAAUACCCGAUGAUCUGAAAGACGAAUUCAUAGAUCAUCUGAUGAGCGAAAUAAUAAACCAGACUGAUUUUAUCCCACUGAAAAGCGAAAACAGCCAAGAAGAACGUAUAAUGAUGCGAUAUGACCUGCUAAUAGCAUAUGUACAAAAACCGUCGCCUGUUGCUUAAGGGUGUAUUUGAAAUAUACAUUUUUCGAUAAUUCUAAUUGUUCGUAAAAUUACCUGUACCAAAUAAUGAAAUGCAGAAUAAAGACGUUCAAGCAAUUAUA